UUCAAUAUCUGGGUCAACAUGCACUUAUUGUUCAAGAAGAUGCAUCUAGUUCAGAGGAGGACCAAGUUGAUGAUAAAAGAUAUAAUUUUACGUCUCUUCUCUUGAACUUGGCUAACACCUACCUUUAUAUGGUUAAUACUUAUAUCAUUGUACCAACUGCUGAUCACUACUCAAUGCACCUUGGAGCUGCUGCAACAGUUUGUGGGGUUAUUAUUGGUUCUAUGGCUGUUGCACAAGUGUUCUCUUCAGUUUAUUUUAGUGCAUGGUCUAAUAGGUCAUACUUCAAACCUCUUGUAUUUAGCAGCAUUGUGCUCUUUUUGGGCAAUACUCUAUAUGCAUUGGCUUAUGAUCUGGACUCCCUAACAAUUCUUCUCAUCGGCCGUCUCUUGUGUGGGAUGGGUUCUGUGAGGGCUGUUAAUCGUCGAUACAUUAGCGAUUGUGUUCCUCUUAAAAUCCGCAUGCAGGCUUCUGCAGGUUUUGUCAGUGCAAGUGCUCUUGGGAUGGCAUGCGGUCCUGCUCUUGCUGGCUUGCUUCAAACUAAUUUCAAAAUAUAUGCGCUAACAAUUAAUCAAGAUACUUUAUCUGGUUGGGUUAUGUCAUUUGCUUGGUUAGCAUACUUGAUUUGUUUGUGGAUUUCAUUCAAAGAGCCAAUUCAUGACAACAAAGUAAAACAUUUGUCUCCAGAUGUGGAUGCUGGUAUACAGGGAUCUGGUUCAUUAGAAAGUGGCCUUGUUCAUCCUUUGCUACAAAGUUGUGAGCAUAAGCAACAUGAAGAUGGAGAUGAAGAAUGUAAUGAUAGGGAAGAAGCUUCAGAAGACUCUCACAAACCUGCAACUUCAGUUGCUUCGGCAUAUAGAUUGCUUACUCCAUCAGCAAAGGUCCUGUUGUUGAUAUAUUUCAUGCUCAAAUAUGUGAUAGAGAUACUAAUCUCUGAGUCAAGUGUCAUAACUAGUUACUACUUUGGGUGGUCUACAAGUUCAGUUGCAGCAUUUCUUGCAAUCCUGGGGCUUACUGUUCUUCCGGUUAAUGCCAUUGUUGGAUCUUAUAUAAGUAACAUGUUUGAAGACAGGCAGAUCUUGUUAGGGUCUGAAAUUUUGGUUUUCUUAGGAGUAAUAAUGAGCUUCCAAUUCACAAACUCUUACGUAGUGCCACAAUAUGUUUGCUCAGCAUUGAUUACAUUUGUGGCUGCUGAAGUUCUCGAAGGUGUCAAUCUAUCCCUCCUCUCUCGAGUUAUGUCAUCCCGGCUUGCUCGUGGAACAUAUAAUGGCGGGUUGCUGUCCACAGAAGCGGGAACUUUAGCACGAGUGGUAGCCGAUGGAACGAUCACACUCGCAGGCUAUUUGGGCGAAAACAAACUCCUCAACGUCACCUUAUUCCCUUCUCUAUUUAUCUGUAUAGUAUCCAUCCUUUGUACUUUCGUUACCUACAACUCACUUUUCUAA